AUGUCAACUCAAGCUAAUGGCAUCGUUUCUAGACCACCGGAAAGUCCUCAUUCAUCUAGUCCCUUGCGCAGUGUCACGCAGUCAAGACAAGAGAUCCUGCAGGCCUGUCAGCUUCCCCAAUUGGCACUGUUCAAUCUGGUAGAUCUUGUGAACCCGCCCCUGGAAGUGCUCGCAGGAUUUCACACUAGCCAUGCGCCUUAUGAGCAGGGCGAAGUGGGAAGCGUCCUCCGAUUCGCAGCAAACUUGGGGGCAGUAGGGGUCAACAUGCACAUGUGUUUCAAGUCGGACCCUGAUUGGAAUGUUCGGCUUGCCACAUGUAAACUCUUGUUUCCUUCCAACCCCCUCUUGGUCCAGAACCUGCCUAAUCACCACCUACUGACAUGGUGGAAAGCAGGACAAAUGUAUCGUGAUCUCGAGGCAAGCUGGCGGAGUUCCCCCGUUUCAACCCAGCUGAGCAUCUCGCUUGAUUCCGUCGCUGUCAGCACCACACAGUUCAGUCGAACGACUGACAGUUCAGUCGAACGACUGAAGAUGGGCGAACGGACCAGCACCAGCCGCCCUACUUUUCAGUCUUUCCAUCCGCACCUUUUCAGCGUGCUUCUAGCUGUGCAAUUCUCUCUCAGCGUUGCGUGCCGUCACGGCUACGACAUUGCUGAACCGUGCUCGACAAGGGGAACCGGGAGGCCCCUCCAAGCGACCUAAAUUGGGAACUCAAUCCUGGCGCCGAGUGAUAAGGCGGUCCAAUAAGAGAGUGGCCCCUCACGGCCAGGCCACAUUUCGAUAGCCG